AUGGCGGCUAGGAAGCGACUGCGUCCUGAUGAUCAAUUAGAGAUUCCUCAGAUACUUUUACAAGCACACCAUCGAUGGUUACACCCUGCUGAAAUUUGCCAAAUUCUUCGGAAUCAUACAAAAUUUAGGCUUUCUGAGGAGCAUGCAGAUACUCCAGAGGGUGGAACAUUGUCUCUCUAUGAUCGGAAGGUGCUCAGGUCUUUCAGAAAAGAUGGUUAUAAAUGGAAGAGGACUAAAGACGGAAAGGCAGUGAAGGAAGCCCAUGAGAGGCUCAAGGUUGGAGGAGUAGAGGUGUUACAUUGCUACUAUGCCCAUGGUGAAGAAAAUGAAAAUUUCCAAAGACGCUGUUAUUGGAUGAUUGAAAAGCGUCUCUCCCACAUAGUUCUGGUCCACUACCGGGAUGUAAAGACUUCUGAAGGUAACUUAUCAUGUUCAUCCGAGUUGUCUAUCAAUCGGAAUGUGCAUUUGGAUAUCUCAUAUCAUGCCAGUACUUCGUUCCCUCGAGGAGUCAAUGCAGAUGAGUUACUCAAUUCCCUGGGGCCUCCUUGUCAUAUGGAUUUAAUUAAACAAAAUGAGUCUUCUCUGCAUAGGCACUCUGAUAAUAAAAAUGACCCCUGGAGAUUGAAGAAUCUUGAUAGUUCCAAUCAAUGUAUGAAUACAAAUCUAGGAGACCAAACUGAGCCACAUAUGUCAAGUUCUGAGGACCACUCGAAUACUAUAGCAAGUGAGAAUGGGAUUGAUGGCUUCAGUGCUCUUAAGCAAGUCGAAAUAGCUACUCUGGGAUCUUCUCUAUUCCAGGAUCUUCUCUUUAACAUUAUGGACUUUUCACCCAACUGGGCAUAUGAACGCUCUGAAACAAAGGUUGUUGUUGUGGGAAGAUUCUUGAAGAGUCAAGAAUUAGACAGUUUUAGUUGGUCAUGUAUGUUUGGGGAAGUAGAAGUUCCCGCUGAGGUUGUAGCAGAUGGUGUUCUUCGUUGUCAUACGCCCAUACAUCGGGCUGCUAGGAUUCCCUUCUAUGUAACAUGUUCCAAUAGGUUAGCAUGUAGUGAAGUGAAAAUAUUUGAGUACCGAGUCAACCAUAUACAAGACGCAGAUUUUAAGGAUAACUGCUGCAAAGAAAAUACACUUGUUAUGCGUUUUGGGAAGUUACUGUCCCCAAGCGUUAUGUAUCCAAGUUUCAAUCCCAGGGUUAAACAUAGACAGUAUGAUCCCAUUUGUGUAUCAGACAAUUCUGAUUUGACUAGGAAAAUUAGUUCAUUACUCAAAAAUGGUGAUGAGGAAAGAGCUGAGAUGCUAAAGCUUUUUCCAGAUGCGUUUUCCUUGGAUACAGUAAAGGAGCAGCUGCUUCAACAGUUUCUUAAAGAUAAGUUUCAUGAAUGGCUCUUGAAGAAGCUGGCUGUUGGUGGAAAUGGCUUAAGGGUACUGGAUGAAGGCGGCCAAGGUGUGUUACAUUUUGGAGCUGCUCUUGGCUAUGACUGGGUCUUAUCACCCAUGAAAAUUGCUGGAGUCAGUAUCAAUUUUCGUGAUGUGAAUGGAUGGACGGCACUUCAUUGGGCAGCCUUUUGUGGCAGAGACCGCGCAGUUGCUUUGCUCAUCAGUCUUGGUGGAGCUCCUGGAGCAUUAACUGAUCCUUGUACCAAAAAUCCUACUGGCAAAACACCAGCUGACCUAGCUUCUGAAAAUGGAUACAAAGGAAUUGCUGGUUAUCUUGCAGCAUCUUCUUUGAGUGCCCACAUUUCAUCUCUUAAAUUGGAUAUCAAAGAUGCACAUUCUGCAGAGAGUUCAAGAGAAAAAUCAGUACAACCAGAUGGAAUGUCAGCACAUUGCAGCAAUGGGGACUUAGCGGAUGAGCUCUCCAUGAGGGUUUGUUCAACUGCUGUUUGUGAUCAUAUCCAAGCUUCUGCUCGUAUUCAUCAAGUAUUCAGUGUACAACCUUUCCAAAGGAAGCAGUUGAAAGAGUAUGGUGAUAAAUCAAAAACUUCAGAUGAAGGGGCACUAUCGCUCAGUGCAGUCAAGUCACAUAAGAAAUGUGACCAGCAUGUGAGUUGUGCUGCAAUACAAACGCCUGAUAAAUUUCGUAAUCGGAAUAUAAAAGACUUUCUGAUAAUCCGGAGCAGAAUUCUCAAAAUUCAGGCAAAUGUUAGAGGUCACCAGGAGAGGAAAAGUUAUACAAAGAUACUAUGGGCAGUAGGAAUUUUAGAGAAGAUCAUUUUACGUUGGAGACGUAAAAGAAGUGGCUUGCGCGGGUUCAAGCGAGAACCACCUAGUGAUGAGGGCCGAAGCAUACAAGUUUCAUCCUCAAGGGAGAAUGAUUAUGACUUUUUGAAAGAGGGAAGGAAGCAAACAGAGGAAAGGUUGCAAAAUGCACUUGCUAGGGUGAAGUCCAUGGUUCAGAUUCCUGAAGCAAGAGAUCAAUACAAUCAACUGUCGAAUAUUUUCACCGAGAUUCAGGAAACAAAGGUGGUGGACAGCUCAGAAGGGGAAUCCACUGAUAUGGAUUAUAACGGGAUGUUGCAGGUGGUGAACAACUCGGUUGGGAUAUCGGCUGAUAUGGACUAUAACAUCAUAGACACCAAUGCCCUCCUGGAUGACAACAUUUGCAUAACUGCACGGAGUUCAAUCCAGAGCUUUCCUAUGCUCACAAAAUUUUUCUUGAGUAUUCUUGAUCCCUGCAUCACAAGGAAUAAGAUUGAUCAUAGCAGUGUUGUCAAUCUCCUUUCCGCAUCAUCCCAAGUUAAAGACUUCGAUAUAUUCAGUGGCUUCCUCCGGAUUCUAUCAGAUAUAUACUUUGAGUUAGGCGAUCUACCAUUCUCAUUUAUGAAUCUGAAAACCUUGAGAAUUAGGGGUGGAAUCAAGCAAAGAUAUAUCCCGGGUUUGGCAUGCCUGCUCAAGAGCUCUCCCGUGGUGCACACCUUAGAGAUCAUGUUUAGCGAAGAAGAUGGUAAAUGGAACAACAAAUCCAUGGAUGAUGCCAACUGCACCCAAGAACAAUACUGGGAAUCUCAGACAACAUUGCAAGAGAAUGCAUCUAGGAGAUUUGUGUAUGCACCAGCAAAACCAAGACCUCAAAAAGAUGACAAGGUUCCAUAUAAGAGAGGAGUGAUGAGCAAAUUCCCAUUCAUGGCAUUUCUAAUGUUAACAUUCCCUCAACCGUGA